AUACGGAGUUACUCUAAAAGGAGGUCAUAUACGCAGGACACGGAGCAAACGUAUUAGCCUCAGGUUAAAUUAUUUUGUGUGCGUGGCCGAUCCUAAACGUCGCGGUGAAAGCCAACAUGUCGUCGCCUACCCAGUGCGAGUACUCUUAUUAUGAUGUGCCUGAGCAGUUGGAAACACCGCUGCUAGAGCCAAAGAACACCAACACUUCCUCUUCCUCCACACAGCCAGAGGCGCUAACUCAUGAUAUCUUGCCAGUGUCAAGGCAAUCGUCUCCACCUAUUUUCGUUCGCAACCCUUCUGGUUGGCAUCUACAGUUUUUCAUCAGAAUAGACGUCGAGGGUUCUUUCCACACGUAUCCUAGUGUGGGCGGGCCAUUCCAGAGCUUGCAGGAAGCUGAGAACGCUAUCACUAGCCAUCUUGAUGAGCUGCGCUCUCCUAUGAUGCGCACAUAUGGGCUUUCGGAUGCUGAGAUUUGUAUUAAACAUGGCCUUUAUUGGCUUGAUGGCACAAGGAAGAGUUCUCCUGAAGGCAAUCCAGACCAUAGGAAUGUCAGCGUAUUGGUUCAAGCUUUGCUAGAUAAAUACAAUGAAGAUCACCAUCUUUUGGGGGAUCUUGCAUAUGAACUUGAUGAUGUUGUGAUCUUCCGAGAAUUUUAUGAGGGGAAGAACUUCACUAUGUUCUACCAUAUCAAUUUGACUACAAAAACCAAAGGACAAGAUGGUUUGCACAGUGGCGUCAACAAUCUAUUUUUUGCUGAAGUCAGAGAAAUUGAAGGAGAAAAUGACGAAUAUGUGCUCAAUUGUUUAUGUAUGGUUAAUCCUACCGACAAUGGCCAAUGCUAUGGUUGUAUGAGUUAUGGAAAUGUUGAUUUGAAGCACCCUGUUGAUGUGGAUAAAUACAAAGGGGGUCACUCUAGCCCACACAUACCAUGUUGUGGUUUUGAUCUAGGGUGUGAUGUUAUUACUGGCCUAGAUGCAUACACCGAGAGUGAAGAGGCUAGGCUGGUGGAUGACGAGGCUAUGCUAAGAUAUAUAAACAUGUGCCCUGUUGAUCCUCCUGUUCUGGCAAAAUUGGAUGGUGAAGAGUGCCUGCUGGUUUGGCGAAGAGAGAGGAUUCUGGUUUGACCAAGGGAGAGUGUGGUCAGGAAGCGUGAAAUACAUUGUACCUGCUAGGCGUAUGUUGGUUUGAGUACCCUGUCAGUUUCCAGUAUCUUGGAGAAGGACUAAACUCGUCGUGCACCAUCAUCUGGGAUGUCGUUGCUGCAACGGUAUAAUGUAUGGAUCUGCCAUUUGCUUGGACUUGGUUGUAGCUGCUUGGAAGUUUAGUGCUUUGGGACCGUAAUGGUGUAAUGUUUCAUAUUUGAGUUCCAUGGAAAGUCGGUAAUGGAGUUGCCUUUUGUUUUUCAA